UAGAGAUGACUGACGAAAACCCUGAGGAGGAUCAUGAAUCUCCUGGAGUAGCCGAAACAAAUCUUGGAAGCCCUUCUUCGAAGAACAAUAACAACAACAAAGAGCAAGACCGGUUUCUUCCAAUUGCCAAUGUCGGAAGAAUUAUGAAAAAGGUUCUUCCCGGUAAUGGUAAGAUCUCGAAAGACGCCAAAGAAACCGUUCAAGAAUGCGUAUCAGAGUUCAUCAGUUUCGUUACUGGUGAAGCUUCUGAUAAGUGUCAAAGAGAGAAGAGGAAAACCAUCAAUGGAGAUGAUAUCAUUUGGGCCAUUACAACUCUCGGUUUCGAAGACUACGUGGCUCCGUUAAAGGUCUAUCUCAACAAAUACCGAGAAACCGAAGGAGAGAAAACCAAUAGCCCAAAACAAAGACAACAACAAGUACAACAGAAUCAUCAUUUCCAGUUCCAAGAACAAGACCAUAACAACAUUUCAUGUACUAGUUACAUGUCACAUCAUCAUCCUUCCCCAUUCUUUCCCGCUGAUCAUCAACCUUUUCCAAAUCUGCCUUUCUCACCUAAAUCAUUGCAGAAACAGUUCCCGCAGCAGCAGCAUGACAACACUGAUUCCAUUGGACAAUGGUCAGUAUGAGUCCUAAAUUUUUGUACUUUUAUAUAUAUAUAUAUAUAUUAUAUUGUUUUGUUUCCCGUUGUGACUACAUCUUGGUGCUUAAAUAUUGUUGCUAUACAUAUACAUUAGAUACGUA